ACAGGACCAUGGAUGGUGGAUGGGAUAAAGGGGCACUCUGCGGAGAGCUGCUUGCUAGAGCCCCGACAUAUGGUGACCUGCUGCUUCCACGGAUCAGCCCUGGGAUCCAGGCUUUACUUUCUAUUAUUCUGCCAAAACUGAGAGGCAGCAGCUGCGGGAACUACAAGUAGCAGCAUGCACUGGCUGGGAAUUGUAUUGGCGCAACAGCUGGGGAACUGAAACCAAGACGCAUCCCGUGAGGGAUAUUUUACAUUUUUUGUCUUAUGGUGCUGGGAUUUUCUCAGAAGCUCAUCCAGGAAUGGUGGAUCAUUUGCUUCUUACAGAUGAAUACUUCUCGAACACACAGUCAACCCUCGGUUACACAACGGAGAUGCUGAUGAGAGGUAGGAGCUACCAUAUGUUGCCUUCUCCCACUUCGGAGGAUGACAGUGACUCUUCCAGUUUCCGCUCCUGUUCCAGUCCCGACUCUCAGGUGCUAAGCUCCAGCUAUGGUAGUACGUGUAGUGCGGAGGGUCAAGACAGUAUUCUAGACUAUCUACUGUCCCAGACGUCUUUGGGUAACACCUCUUUAUCUUGGUGGGACAAACGAAAACAUCCUACAAUGGUCAAAGAGGAGUUCUUCAAAGUUCCCGAUUUUGGGGUGGAUAUGGAGGAGACAUCACUGUUUCAUCCCACCUUGGAUGAAAUUGAGGAGUUUCUUGAGGAAAACAUGAAAAGCGACGUGAAGGUUGAAAGCCAACAGGAUUUGAGGAACUGUGGACAUUUGGUUUCUGAACAAGUCAAGCAGGCCCCUAUGGCGGCCAACAACAACAAGGAGGAUACAAAAGAGUGGUCAGAUGGCACAUCACAAGAAGAACCUGGUAGCAAAAGUCCAGGCUCUCUUGCUGUUGAAGGUGGAAUUCCUGUUAUACUGCAGAUCCAACCCAUAGAGAUCAAAGAAGAGUCCAACACCAUCCAAGCCUCGCCAUCACAGUUCCCAGAUAACAUUAAAGUAGCGCAACUUCUAGUUAACAUUCAAGGUCAGACCUUUGCUCUGGUUCCACAUCUAAUCCAGUCUUCAAACAUGUCCUCCAAGUUUGUCCGCAUUGCUCCAGUGCCCAUUGCUGCUAAACCUAUGGGCCCAAGUGGUGGAGCUCAGGGACAAUCUGGUAUUAUGGUUGGCCAGAAGUUCUCAAAAAAUCCAGCUACAGAACUCAUAAAAAUGCACAAAUGUACUUUUCCUGGAUGUACCAAAAUGUACACCAAGAGUAGCCAUCUUAAGGCUCACCUGCGAAGACACACGGGGGAGAAGCCGUUUGCUUGCACGUGGCCUGGAUGUGGAUGGAGGUUUUCCCGGUCUGACGAAUUAUCCCGACACCGCCGCUCGCACUCUGGCGUGAAGCCAUACCAGUGCGCAGUUUGCGAAAAGAAAUUUGCUCGCAGCGACCACCUGUCCAAACACAUUAAGGUGCACAGAUUUCCCCGGAGCAGCCGCUCUACACGUUUAUCGAACUGAUCCCAUCCCCCGCCCUUAGGAUUCAUAUGACAUAUACCAAGCACUUUGUCCGUCUUCCUGUUCUAACUUAUUGGUGCCGAAAACCUGCUCGCCCGGGCUGGACGUCCGAUCUCUGCUCUUAUUUAAUGUGGGUGUGAAUGAAGCAUCGGAGGCGCAUUCUGGCGGCAAAGGGUUAAUGGGGGCUCGUUAAAUCAUAAUCCACUUGAUUCCAUAAUCAUCUGUUAUAGGCAGGUCACUCAGUAUUCCGAAUACUGUGUCGUCGCGGCAAGCGGCGCUGCUGUGGACGCUCUAUUUGUGUGUUAUCAGGAACAGUGAGCAGUGCCACAUAGGACUCACCGGCCGAGGUGGAACUACAAGUCCCAGCAAAACAGGGCAGAGGGCGCUGUGAAAGAAUGGAGGAGCGCCGCAGAGAGAACUUUUAUAUCUGGAGUCCUUUAAGAAAAACGUUUUUGCCUUUGAGACAGUAUCACUUAUGAUGGGCUUAGAUACACCAGCUCGGCAGACUGUAUUGCACAUAAUAAACUCAGAUACAGCAGCUCAGCCGACAGCAUCACACAUAAUCGGGUUAGAUACAGCGACUCGGCAGACAGUAUCGCGCAUGACAGGCUUAGAUACAGCAGCUCGGCAGACACUAUCACAUAACAUAGCUUAGAUACCUUGACUCUGCACAUAGUAUCACAUAUGACAGAAUUACAUAACAUGACUAGGAAGAUGGUAUCACACACGACAAGCUUAGAUACACGGCUCAGCAGACAGCAUCAGUCAUUAUAGGGUUAGGUACACAGUUCAGCAAACAGCAUAACCCAUGAUGCGGAGCUCAGGAGACAGUAUCACACGUGACAAGGUUAGAUACACAGCCCAGGAUACAGUAUCACACAUGACAGGAUUAGAUACU